AUGGCGGAACUUUGCGUGAUUAUUUGCUCAAAAAUACAAAUAACAUCGAAUGGGAGUUAAAAAUUCAAUUUGCAAUUCAACUUGCAGACGCAGUUAAAUGGUUACAUGAUGAUAAUAUUAUUCACGGAGACUUGCACUCUAAUAAUAUACUUAUUAGUGAAGAUGUCUUAAAAUUGGCUGACUUUGGAUUAUCACAACGCGUUGUCGAAGCUUCAAAUUCUAGAACUGCAAGUGAAAUUUUUGGAAUUAUCCCUUAUAUUGAUCCGCAAUGCUUUGUAUUGACAGCAGCAAAUCUAGCAUCAAGAAUAAUAGUAGACGAACUAAGAGAGAAACAUGUUGCUGGUACCCCUCAUCAAUAUGUUACUAUUUAUGAGCAAUGUUGGCAGGGAACGCCAAAUAAUCGACCAUCUAUUCAAGAAGUAGCUAUGAAAUUAAAAAAUAUUAUUAUUCAAGUCACUGAAAUCGAUUAUGAUAUCUCUGAAGAUUUUGGAACUUUUCUUAGCAACGCUCUUAGUAAUAUGAAUAGCGACAUUAAUAUAAAUAAUUCGGAUGACAACAAACUUGAUAUGAUUCAUUUUGUAACCAAUCUAUAUUCAACCUUCAUUAAGUUAUUUAAUGAAGGUAGAUCCGUUAGUUAUAUAAUUAUAAAUUUCAUGUCCAAACAUAACAAGACCCCAGAAGAAGUUUUUAAUUGGUUGUUCAUAAAUAAUGAUAAUUCAAGACAUAUUUUCCUACUCGGAUUAUUUUAUAUUUGGGGUAUCGGAACAGUUAAAAGUGAUACAGAGCCAUUUAACUUAUUCCUUGAUGCAGCAGAAAAAGGUAAUGUAAUUGCACGGUAUUUUGUUGGAAGGUGUUAUGAAGUUGGUUGGAACAUUAAAAAGAAUAUUAAAAAGGCAAUUGAAUGGUACGAAAAAGCAAGUAAGGAUGGAUGUCCGGUAGCAGAUUGUAUGCUUGGAAACUAUUAUUAUAAAGAUGGACAAUAUACUCGUGCAUUUAAAUUACUUAAAAGUGCAGUUGAAGAAGGAAAUGCAAUAGCGAUGCAUACCUUAGGAUUAUGUUAUCAAAAAGGUCGUGGAACAUAUGCUAAUAUGGCUGAAGGAUUUAAAUUAUUUGAACAGGUGGCUAAAAUGGGGCUAACUGCUUCACAAUAUGAACUUGGCCAAUGUUAUGAAGAUGGUAAAGGAACAAAAAGAGAUUUGGAAAAAGCAUUAGAAUGGUAUCAAAAAGCUGCGGAAAAAGAUCCUACUAUCCGAAAUGAUCGGGAACGUGUAAAAAAUAAAAUGAUAAAAAAUCGUGCCUAG